AUCACUUGAUUCCAUUCCCAGGACUCCGACCCAUUUGACUAUUCAGGCCCUGUUUCCAUCGGUCGCCGUGCCGUCAUUGAUCUGGAUAUCCCCCCCGAGGCCAGACGUGUUGACUGAUUUGACUGUUACCCGCCGAGGCUUAAUCGUCAACCAUUGUGCGCGCUUCUAGUACUACUACUACCACCAGCCACCAUGACUGAAGUCUCGUCCACCCGACUCUAUCUCGGGAAUCUCCCCCGCAAUGUGACCAAACAGGAUAUCGAGGAGCAUUUCAGCACCCAUGGUUCCGGAAAGAUCACAGAGAUCAAACUUAUGAAUGGCUUCGGCUUUAUCGAAUACGAGGAUGCAAUGGAUGCCAGAGAUGUCGUACCCGCCUUCCACGGUAGUGAUUUCAAAGGCGAGCGGCUCACCGUGCAGUUUGCCCGUGGACCGCGCCGCAAGGAGAAUUUUCCUGGCCCAAUGGACCGUCCUAACAUGCCACGCCCGCGUCGCACAAUCUUUCGCAUGUUGGUUUCUGGACUCCCGGAAACAAGUUGGCAGGAUCUCAAAGAUUUUGCGCGCCAAUCCGGCUUGGAUGUGGUUUAUUCCGAAACCGGUCGUGAACUCGGCAGAGGGUUCGUUGAGUUUGAGACCGCAAACGAUUUGAAGACUGCCAUCGAGAAGCUGGAUGGACGCGAAUUCAAAGGCUCUCGCGUGACUUGCAUCGCCGAUAUCCAAACCCACCCGGAUGACCGUGCGAUGCGCGAUCCCUACCGGUCUCGGUCCCCGCGUCGGAGCUACCCCCCUAUGGAAGAGUACGACCGUCGAUUCCCUGCCCCGCGUGGUUACAGUCCCCGGGCUCACUAUCGGGAACGGUCCCCUGUGCCAAUCCGAAGGGAAUACUAUGACCGGGAUGGAUAUGGACGCCGUACUCCUCCUCGUCCUCGGAUGGAAGACUACCCUCCGCCACGCCGUCCCUAUGAUGACCCCUAUGAUGUCCGACCUCCCCCCCCUCCUCGCCAUUAUGAAGACCCGUACGCCCCUCCCAGGCCCUAUGGACGUCCUCGGAGCCCGCCCCGGGGCGAGUACAUGCCUUACGACCGCCGCGGUUACUGGUAGUCGCCUGUAAUUAGUUAAUUGGUUGUGUUCCACUCAGCGCAUGGCGGAU